UAAUCUCUGUGGUAGAUAUUACCAUUAUGUUCAUGCGGUACACGGGAUUUGAGAUAAAAAGAGGAGUCCUGGAUAAGAAUGACUUACUUCAAGAAGUACUGUCAACUGAUUUCUAGAAGACUAACACCCUUUUCCCAUACCUAGGUCGAUCUCCUAGGAUCAACCCAUCUCCGAGGGGUCUCUCACUAAAUUACAUUCAGCUUAAGUGGCUGUGAUGUUUGGCACGCCUACUGAAGCUGUUACUUGGCAUGCCUCCUGAUGGUUGUGGUCACUAUUGUUUAGCAGUUUCAAUAUUACUAAACUUGCAUACCUAGGACAAUUUUUGUGAACAGACACAGUAUAUAAGCAGUCUAAAUCUGAAUAUCUUUCUCUGAGAGGCUCAAACAUUUUUUCACAACCCCUCAUAAAUCAGUCUGCAAUUAUUGCACAUGUGCACCUGAUUCUGAAAACCUUUGAGGCCUGACAUUUCAUGCCAUCCAUUGCACAGAUUUUAGUGUAUACCAUGGCUGCACGGCUUUGGUACAUAUGCUUUUUGUAUGGAUUAAACGGAAAAAUAGUAAUGAUAUUGUAUUUUUAAAAUGCAUAAAUUUGUCAACUUUACUAGGUCUCUAGUUGAUAAAAUUUCGGGGACGGGCAGGUCAUUUUGUGCACAUUGUCAGUUUCUAUACAUGUGACUGUUAAACAAUAGGUACAUUGUAUAGCAGAUCGAAGCAUUCCUAUCUUCAGCACAUUUUUUUUGCUUGUGCAUAGAUGAAAUUUGACCUAUUUUUGCCACCCCAAGUCUGAACUUUAGCCCCGGUUUUGAAAUCGUACACUCAAUUCUUUCUUGUGGUUACACAGUGUUGGUUUGGCCGCACUGGAUCAUGACCAGCUUAUCAGUUUUAUCUGCAUGGCCUUACUGGAGCUUGGCACUUCAGGUAUAUACCUUCAAUCUAUGCCAGGUAUGCUCAACAUGAUAUUUAAUAAAAGGGCUUGGAGAGUUGCAUCUCUCGGGUUAUUUUGUAGUAGCCAAACUGAAUUGAUAAUUUCUGUUUGUGGUCACUAAGGUGGACUUUUUGCUUUUUGUAGUAAUUUUAAUCAGGGCACUAGCUAAUACUCGUUUUUAUUUACGGAAUCUGUAUCCAAAUAUUUGAUUCUGCACACUUAGUUCGUCAUUAAGAGUGGAGAUAUAUAGUUUUGGCAUAGAUGAUUUAAACAUGCUGCACUGUGUGUUAUCAAUGUAUUUGUCUACUAUGAUGUAAUAUGGCUGGUUGACGCUUUAAGGGAUAUGAAGUCAAGUUCAGUUGACCUCCAGUUCGCUAAUAGUAUAACCCAAAGUAACUGGACCAAACAACUGAACUGAACUGCUGGUCAGUGGAAAUAAGAGAAGCUGAAUUUUACUUUAUUCCUACCAGGCUGAUAAACCAGAGAUGGCGGGAACACAAGGUAUUCUUACCACAGUGAUUGGUAGCUAUCCAAAGCCAGAUUACCUUAAGAUACCUGACUGGUUCCGGUCAAGUCACACUGGCUACUCCAGUGACCAAUAUGAUGAGUAUGUCCGACGUAAAGUUAGGGCUGAAGAAUCAGUGGUGGAGAAGGCCCUUGCAGAGUGUAUGGAAGAGCAGACAGCCUUGGGCAUUGAUGUAAUUACUGAUGGUGAAAUUAGGAGAGAGAACUACAUCUAUCCAUUCUGUCGCCAUUUGAAGAAUUUCAGCUUUGAGGAACUCACCUUCAAGACAUAUCGCAAUGGUGCCUGUUCUGGCCAAGUACCUACAGUGAUUGGUCCUCUAGAACCAACCAGUGCUGACCCCUGGUGUGCAACAGAGUGGCAAGAGAGCCAAGCAAUGACCAAGACUCCAGUCAAGUAUACUAUGCCUGGACCUAUGACUAUCAUAGGAAGCACAGCAAAUAAGUUCUACCAGCAUGAUAAAGAACUGAGCGAGGUUCUCGUAAAACUUGUGAAUCGAGAGCUGCUUGCUCUAGCAGCUGCUGGUUGCAAAUAUAUACAGAUUGAUGAACCAGUUAUGGUGCGAAACCCAGAAAUUGCAAUGGAUUAUGGGAUUGAUCACCUGGCCAGAUGUUUUGAGGGUGUUGGUCCAGAGAUUGAGAAGAUAGUACACUUAUGCUGUGGAUAUCCCAACUGUCUGGAUCAGACAGAUUACUUGAAAGCAGAUCCCUCUGUAUACAUGGACUUAGCCGAGAAACUCGAUAAUGCACAAUUUGAUGCUGUUUCUAUUGAAGAUGCUCAUUGUCACAACAAUCUAGCUCUACUGGAGAAAUUCAAAAAGACCAAAGUAAUCUUCGGUGUUGUCGCCAUUGCUAAAAGUCAAGUGGAGACUGUGGAGGAGAUUAAAUCGCGUGUCAUGGAGGCAUUGAAGCACAUACCUAAGGAACGCAUCAUUCUGGCCCCAGAUUGUGGUCUGGCCUUCUUGCCUCGAAAUAUUUUACGUCAGAAGCUGAGCAACAUGGUGACAGCAGCAAAGUCCAUCGUCUGAUUUCCUCAGCUGUUUCGACUUUUGUUAAAUUGAGGAAAAUGGAUGGUUUUCAGGUCUCUUGUGACAUUGUGACAUUUAUUGAUUCAAUGCAGAUUCACACUUAUUUUUUUAAGCAUUUAAUUUGCUAAUAUUUUACAAGGUUCAGAUUUUGAAGGCACUGACCAAAACUGCCUAGAUGGGCAAUAGGUGUAGAACUAUUAUGCAAUCAUCUUUGAAUCAAGUGUCUUUACAUUACUUUAAUAGUUUUCACGAUUAUCAAUUUUUUUAAGCACAAAAAUAAAUUAAUGUUUGAAUAU